AUGACAAUAUUGAAAUGUAUUAAUAGUGUUUGUGUUAUUAAUCGUAGUUGUCGAGCUAUUCAUGCUGAAGUAUAUAAUCGUGAUGGUUGUGCUACACUAUUUGGUUUAGUUAAUAAAUGUUUUUCAAAAAAAGUACCUCAUGAUUCAAAAGAAUGCUGUGAUUCUCAUAAUCAUGAUUGUUAUACAGGUACAGCUAAUGAUGCAUUAUAUUGGAUUGAUUGUGAUACUGAUAGUAGAAAAACAAAAGGUUUUGGUCAAGCAGUUGUUGCUUGUGCAGCGUGUAAUAUUAUUGUUUAUAAUGAAGGUUUAAUAGCAGUUGAACCAGAAAACAAACCAGGACAAACAAUUGCUGUAUAUGCAUGUAAAAAUAUGGAUAAUGCUAAUAAAAAUAAAAGAUGUGCUUAA